UCUUUGUCGCCUUAUUUGCAUUUGCAUAAUGUAAAUAAUGCAAUUUUAGUAUCCGUAGGUAUAUUUACUUCACGACUGCGCAGUAAAAAACGCUAAAUGUUUCGCAUUGCAGGGUGCGAGCAAUGGUUUAGUAACGAAAAUAUAUUUGCAAAAGCAUGUGCCGUAUUAGGUUUAGUAUAGAAAAAUGUUUAUUAAAGUUUUUGAGACUUUAAAUAAAUUUAGAUAAAAUCUGUAUUUGUGCUACAAAUGCCUCCGAAAAACAGCAAUGCGAUGGAUUACAAUUUAUUCCAAACGAACUACAUUUAUGUGUUUCACAUUAUUAUUUCUAUUAUAUUUAUUAUAUGUGUUGAAUACAUCCUUAGUUGAUAAAGAUGUGAGACCAGUAAAUAUUGCUGGACCCAUAUCUCAUUACAAAAGUGCAUUUUUCCAAUUGGCUGCUUUAUUGGGUUUAAAUUUGGAACAAGGCUACGAGUACCGGAGAUUUGAAAAAAAUGUUACGCCAAUUAAAAAAUUGCCGGAUGCCCUUAUUAUAGGAGUAAAGAAAUGUGGCACAAGAGCUCUUCUAGAAUUUUUGCGGCUUCAUCCAGACGUGAGAGCUGCCGGUUCAGAAGUUCAUUUUUUCGAUAAAUAUUAUCAUAUGGGGUUCGAGUGGUACAGAGAAAAAAUGCCACCGACUUUAGAAGGGCAGAUCACGAUGGAAAAAACUCCGUCCUAUUGGGUGACAAAGUCAGCGCCGAAACGCGUGUACGCUAUGAAUCCUGCAGUAAAGCUUAUUGCUGUGGUCAGGGAUCCUGUUACAAGAGCGAUUAGUGACUAUACGCAAUCUGCCAGUGUUUUCAGCAAACGACCAGGUCUGCCACCAUUCGAAGAGUUUGCCUUACUAAAUAGUUCUAUUCAAUGGGGUGGAACAUAUUCCGUUGAUGCAUCAUGGCCGCCAGUGAGAUUGGGCAUAUACGCGCGGCCUUAUCGCCGGUGGCUCAGGCGCUUCCCCAAGUCUAGGCUUCUACUUGUUAAUGGGGAGAGACUGGUCGCUGAUCCGGCUGCUGAAAUGGAUUUUCUCGGGCUCAAACGUAUAAUAACAGACAAACACUUUUAUUUUAAUUCGACGAAGGGCUUUCCUUGUCUUCUAAAAUCUGAAACGAAGCCGAUUCCACACUGUUUGGGCAAAACUAAGGGAAGAAAUCAUCCACGAAUCAACCAGUCGGUCAUUGACCGACUCAAAGAGUUCUACAAGCCACACAAUCAAAAGUUUUAUCAACUUUCUGGUGUAAAUUUUAGUUGGCCGUAAACCACAAAUGAUAACAAUAGAUACGCAAACUUAAAAAAAUACUAAUCGAGAAUUAAACGUUAUUCCUUGUGAUAUUCUUUCAUCGAAAUUAAAGAUUAUUAUAGCAAUGUUCUACGUAUGACAUUUUCAGGUAGGAAAGGUUUAUGAUUAAUGCGCUAUGGGUUAGAAAUCAGGGUCAGAAACGAACUUCGCGCGAAUAUCAAAAUUCAUUACAUUGUUGACGUACCUAAGGGGUCAGACUUACCAACGUUUUAUUUCUGGAUAUUCUGAUACUUAGCGCUAAUUGUGACUCCUGUCCGAGAUUGACAGCUGUUUCAACUCUGAAUUUUAACUUUACGUAGUAAUUAUGUAGUGUAGAUUUUUUAAAUUUACACUCGUACUAAGUUUAACGUGAUCAGGUAGAACGAAUAUAAAGCACCUAGACGUCCAUAAUUUGUUGUGAUUCACCUUAAAUAAGGUGGCUAUAAAUUAAGUAUAAGUUUCAACAAUACGUAUCAAUUUACUAGGUUUUUUAUAAGAUAACUAAUUGUAUUUGAAGUGCUUGACUUUACUAAGGCAAAAACUUUACAAGCGUGACCCAGUAACCCCAACGAGUAGGGGCACGCCUAUCGUAAAGUAUUUUUAUUCAGCCUCUAGGUAUAUAUAUAUAUAUAUACAGGUGUUUGUUUGAAUAUUACAAAUUUUGAAUAUCAUUCACCUAGUACAAACAACACCAUGUAACUAAUACGUGAAGAUUGAAAUUCAACAUAUAAUACAAAGUAAAGCAAUGUUAAUAUGAAAUAUAGAAACAAAAUAAAAUACAUUAAUUAAUUGAUGAAUGCAAUUUCGA